AUGUCGGCCAACUACUGGCAGUCGACGCAGAGGCGCCAUUGGCUAUUCACCAAGGAGCAACUGGCGUCGGUGCGCCAGAAACUCGAGGACGACAAUGCCGACCUGAUUCGCAUGUUCCCCCUGCCCCAGCCGCGCCAUCUCGCAAUAUACUUCAACCAGCAAUUACUGCGGUUGGGCAAACGCCUGAGCAUCCGGCAGCAGGCCGUGGCCUCGGCCCAGGUCUAUCUGAAGCGCUUCUACACCAGGGUCGAGAUCCGUCGCACCAACCCUUAUCUCGUCAUCACGACCGCAAUAUACCUGGCCUGCAAGAUGGAAGAGGCACCCCAGCACAUACGGCUCAUUGUCACCGAGGCACGGCAGCUGUGGCAAGACUUCAUCGGGCUCGACACCUCCAAGAUUGGCGAGUGCGAGUUUUACCUAAUUAGCGAAAUGAGCUCGCAGCUCAUCAUCCACCAACCCUACCGAACGCUGAGUUCACUGCGCGGCGAGUUGGCACUGGCCGACGAGGACGUUCAGCUCGCUCGCUCCGUCAUCAACGACCACUACAUCACCGACCUGCCCCUGCUCUGUGCUCCGCACAUCAUCGCCCUCGUCGCCAUCCUGCUGGCCUUGGUAUUGCGGCCAAACUCGUCGGGCUCGGGCCAGAACGCCCCCGGUGCGACGGCGGCGGCUGGCCUGGCAGCUGCACAGGCGGCCCUAAGCCAAGCACAUGCCAAGGCGAAUGGCAUCCUCGAACCGCCCAGCAGCUCUGACUCCAAAGAGAAGCAGCAAGAAGCGAGAAUCACCAGGGUGCAGCACUUUGCCGCUUGGCUGGCCGAGAGUAACGUCGACAUUGCAGCUAUGGUCGACGCCACGCAGGAGAUUAUAUCCUUCUACGAGUGCCAUGAGCACUACAACGACAAGCUGACCCGAGAGCAAAUCACUCGGUUCGUCAAGAUGCGCGGCCUGGACAAGUAG